AUGUCUAAUCAUAUCCUCUUUAAAGUGACGGUCGAGAUGGUUGGCGCAGUCUCCUCUCGUGAUCUGAGACGGCUUUUACGACUCGGUCGCGUUGUCAUGGAAACUUCAAAGAACGUUCUCUGGUGUUGUUGCCAUGUCUUCUGCCAGCAUCGAACCGUUUGUAGUAUUACUGGUGUACUGAUGAGAUUAAUGAUGUUAGCCGUUCACACUAGCGAUACCGAUGGAAGUAUGAACAGACCUAUUCAGCAUUCGAGGAACACAUGA